ACGGAAAGUACCAUGUCCGCCACCACCACCUCCGACCCCCGGCGCUACGCCUACCUCGUCGGCAUCGGGGUAACCCACUCCAUCGCGCCCCCGAUGCACAACUACUCCUUCAACAGCAUGGGCUACCCAUGGACCUUCAUCGCGCAAGAGUGCCCGACCGUCGAAGACGCCAUGACACUCUUCCGUCAGCCCACCUUCGCCGGCGGGGUGGUAACCAUGCCCUACAAGCGCACCAUCAUGGAGCAUCUCGACGGGUUAGACGAGUACGCUGUGCGCCUCCAAGCAUGCAAUAAUGUCUAUCGCGCAAAAGAUGGCUCGCUACGUGGAACGAAUACAGACUGGCGUGGGAUCAAGGGGUGCUUGCUAUCAGCUGAUCCCGAGGAGAAAGGGAGGGGUAAGGCCGCGGUUAUUGUGGGUGCUGGGGGAGCGUGUCGCGCGGCGGUGUAUGCGCUGUAUGCGGAAUUGGGAUGUACGCCUAUUUAUGUGGUGAAUCGGGAUGAGGAAGAGAUUAGGGUGUUGAGGGAGGAUACGGAGAAGGAGUAUGGGGAGGGGUUGAAGAUGGUUCAUGUUGAGAGGGUGGAGCAGGUUGCGGGUUUGUUGGAGGAUGCGGUGCCGGGGUAUGUCGUUGGGACGGUUCCUGAUGCGGAGCCGGUGACAGCGGAGGAAAAGGAAGUACAUCGCAUUAUGGAGGCGUUUUUGGAUGCUCCUACUAAGGGUGUGUUGUUGGAUAUGUGCUUCAAGCCGAGACAGACGAGGUUUCUGAAGAUGGCGCGACAGCGUGGGUGGGCUACGGUGGAGGGGACGGAGGUGAUUGGACAUCAGAUGCCAGAGCAGUAUCGGCUCUGGUGCGGGGAAGAAGAGAGACAGAAGUUGUCGCUGGAUGGAGCGUGGUCUGUGCUGCGGAAGGCUGCAGAGGAGAGUCCGGGUAUUAACUUCUAGAGGAUAAGAGUAGAGUUGGUGGAUUGCAGGGACAGGGAUCGGAUGAGGGCAUUGCCGAUGACCUCAGUGUGGG